CUAGCUUUGUCAGGUAGAGUUCAAUGCUACCCAACGCUCUAUUCAAAUUUAAGUUGUAUAGCUCUCCCAAGUCUAAUACUUUAAUGGUACCCGAGGAUAUUUCACACUAGGUUAAUUCGAGCGUGGGCUGAUUUUGGGCUUGGAUAGGAAUUGAGCAUAGAUUUUUCCGAAACGGAAAGGGAAUGCGUUUCUUUUUUCAACAACCUUUGUUGAAGAUCAUAAAAGUAUGAAUCUUGUAUCUGUGAUGGAAUUCAAUCCAAUCCACCGUGACUACUGAGAACAAAGGGAUGAGGAGCGAGAGAUCAGCAGCAGGGGUAACAGGGGAUCGUCGUCGUCCAUGGGCCGAUCUCUGUCCAGAUCUACUGAAUUCGAUCUGUUCAAGGCUCCCUUCCCACAUCGAGCGCGCGGAAUUCGGUUCCGUUUGCCGAAACUGGCGUCGAUUCUACACCGCCACCACCGAUUACGCCGCCCCAAGGGCGACCCACAACGCGGACUUGAGCGUCUGCACUUUCUACAGCGGAACCCUGGACGACCGUAAGAUGACGACGGUGUCACAGCCACAACACCCAGAUCAGUUGGCCAGGGAUUUCGACGGCGCAUCGGUCAUCGGCAAGGGGAGCGGCUGGUGGCUGCUAUGCAACACCGCAGACGAAAUCUUCUGCUGCUUCAAUCCCCUGCUGCCCUCCGGAAACGUGAUCGAAGUCCCCAGGCUGUUUCUGUCGCUGAACGGGCGUAACCCUAGAAGAGCGGCGCUGUCGGCCCCGCCGACCGAUCCCGAUUCGGUCAUCUUCGUCCUCCACGGCGGCUAUCAAAUUUUCAGCUUGCUCUUCCCCCACGAGAAUCGCUGGUGGACUUGCAGGUCCCCUUGGGGCGGAAGAAUCUCCGCCGAGAUCGGAUACAAGGAGGGCCGUUUCUUUUGUCUGCUCGAAACGGGAGAUGUUUUGGUUGUCGGACGCGAGGAGGAGCACGGCGAGCGGAGGUGGAGGGCGAGGAAGAUGCGGGCGGCCCGUCCUCUGUCGCCGAAACGAUUCCAUGGAAUCAACUAUCUGCGUUCGAUUCUUGUGCCGCCGGCGGCGGCGGCGGCGGGAGGAGGAGGAGGAGAUGUGGUGGGGGAAUUUCAAGUACUGAGUUGGGAGCGAGCCUCCCGCGGCGGAAGCUUCCGGCUGCUGACGGUGGAGAGAGAAUCAAUGUCAAUGAGGAAUUUUUGCUGUUCCGAUGAUGAAACGACGUUGUUGGAGGCAGGAGUCGGCAGCUGGGAGGAGAUGGUGGCUGUUGAAGUAGAGGAUCAGUUUGAGAUUGAGAUGACGACCCCAGCGGGGAACGCCGCAGAGUAUCGCCGAGCUAGGAUUGUGCUUACCUUGGGUGCUUUGUUUGUAUUUCUUCUUAACGGUGGUAUCUUCCUCUUCUUCAUGUUCUAUAACUAUCCACUUGUGGUGGAGAAUGUGUUAGACAAAUUAAGCAAUUUUUUCUUUUGACGCAUGUUCGAAUACUCAUGCACAUAUGUCGUACGUAGGUUGCAAGUCGAGUAGACUGCAAUCUCGUAACUUGUGGUCUUGAACUUUUCUCCUAUACAUUCAAUUGAUCGUAUGAAUUAUUAUAUGUUUUAAAGAAAAGACGGAUAUGAGU